AUGUACAGGACGGCGGCAAGAGUCUCGUCGAGUAGCCAGGAAAAAACAUGGUCUGUAAAUCUGACCCAUAAAGUAGCAAUAUCCAAUGGGUACCCAGCUGGAGAUGGUGCUACUCGGCAAGCACGACAUCCCUCUCGAAGAUCCAACGUAGUGGAUAGCCCAGAAAAGAUCCCUUUCUGUUUACCUUAUAUAUCUGAUGAUAUGAGCAGAGCGGUACGGGGCUGUCUACGAAAAGCGGGUCUAGAGAAUGACGUGAGGGUUGUGGAAAUACCUCCAGCGAACCUCAAGGGUCAGCUGGUACGUAAUCGUGCGUAUGAUCGGCUCUGCACAACUCCCAACUGCGUGGUUUGCCAGUAUGGCAGAGAGGGCCCUCCACAACUGUUUACCGCCUCAUACUGGCGUGGAAGUGACACUGGGCGUCGAACUGCGAUACACAGCGGAGGUUCGUCCUCCGGCAAGGUCUCCCAAGCUGAGAAGGAGUUCGACACAUCCGACAUUCCGACUUCUCGGAAUCGGAAGCCUAGCUAA